GUGCCGCUCAAGCCGCCCUGGGGGCUGUCCGGUCUCUCUUCCAGGCGCUCCAAGGCUUGUCACGUAGAAGCGAGAGAAAGCAGGGCGUUUCCCCUCGGAAGCUGCUCUUCUCCGGAGAGAAGUUGCGGACCCUCCUGCUGGGGUCGCCGGGCAAGCGGAAAAGCCUCCCCAAGAGCUGCUCCUUCCCGGGAACCUGCGCGAUCGCCGCUCCUCUUGCUUCGGGUCUCGGCUAACGCCUCGUCACUUGAAGAAUUGACACUGUCGAGAUGAGGUUUGCUUCACGUGAAUAACUUUCGUGAGAAUCGUGCUGACUACUACCAGUCCCGGCAUUGUGUUCAAGUUGGUUACAGACGUCCUGCUUUAAUACAUCUCCUCUGACAUUUCUCUCGGGUGUUGCAAAUGGCAAAGAUGAUAAAAAGAAAGUGUGCGUUUUGUCCAGAUGAUGAACCGUCUGCGAUUAUGUACAUUGCUGAAGAACGGAAUCUUGCAGUUCACCAGGAAUGUUUGUUAUUCUCUUCAGGAUUUGUGGAAUCGGAAGAACAGAACCCUGAGGAUCUUAAUAAAAGGUUUGAUGUGGCUUCAGUAGUGGAUGAAAUAAAGAGAGGAAGGAAGCUGAUGUGCAGUUGGUGUCACCAGAGGGGAGCAACCAUUGGCUGUGAGAUCAAAAGCUGCCGCAGAACCUACCAUUAUGUUUGUGCCGUGUGUGAUGAUGCUUCAACAGAAAUAGAUGAAACGCGAGGCCUCUACCGCCUGUUCUGCCGAAAUCACAUUCCAGCCAAGAGAUCCAGUGUUUAUGAUGAAAACAAUGAGACAGCAAUGCCCCUGGUCCUAACAGAAUCUUCCUCCACUACUACCACAAUGAAUGGUGAGACAAUUGGGGAAGAGAACAUGGAAGUCAUCAGUGACCAAACCAAAGAAAGGAUAGAAUUUUUAAAGAAGUGUAAGCAGGCUGGGCUUCUGAAUGAAAUAUUUGAGGAAAUGUUGAAUAUUAUUCGCCUGACACAGGAAAAGCUGAUGGACGACAAUACUUCAGAAGCAGGAACUGAGGAAAAAAUUCAGAAACUAAUGAAUAACCGGAAAGGAUUGGAUGCUCAGAUUGAAUUUUUAAGAGUUGUAAAAGAAACAGUAUUUCCUGUCUCAGAAGACAGAGAUAAUACCUUAAGUAGUAUCUCUGAAUAACUUGCCAUCUUUAAAAUGUUCACUGAUUUUUCUCCAGGUUACUUUGGUAGAAGACAUUUUACACAAGGGUAACUGCUAUUUUUCCAUUUUUACAGUUGAAACCUUUUUGAUUUAGCCAAUGUUUUACCAUUAGUUUUAAAUUAGAAUGUAUACUUCCAAGAUUAUAGCUUCAAAUACCUUCUAUUAGAUGAAAAUUGAUGGAAGAAAAUGAGUGAAUUCACCAUAUACAUUUUAUCUGCUGAUGGCAUUAUUAACAUAGUACUGUAAAUCACUCUGGUUUUGGUUUACGUUUAUCUUAGAGCUACCAGAUAUGGGUUACGAUACGACGAUUACUAGAGGAUAAAAAGACAAAUACCCAAUACUUACCUGCCACUUAAUGAUCAUUCAGGUUUUUGCAAUUCCGACUCGGUAUCUCUUAUCAUAUACACUUACUUAAUUUCCCAAAGAAACUGCCCUUCCUGCUUCAGGUUUUAUGAGAAAGAUUGUGCAUAUAUACUUAUACAUAUAUUUAGAUAGUGGUUCACUGUGCUAAUGAGGCCAAUUUAUAUAAAUCUCAAUUGGUUCACAUCAAGUAAAACAUUUCAGCAAACCUGCUACUUAAAAACUUUAUGUCUUAAAGAAUAUUCCAAAUUGCUUAACUGCAAGUAAUAAUUUAGUAAAAAGUAUUUUCUAAUAAUGUAUAGUUAUUUAAAUUUAUACAUUUGUACUCCUACAUUUACAUACCCUUUGCAGAAUUUUUAAGAUUGGACCAUUUUGAAAAUAAACAUGAAUUAUGAGCCAAAACACUUUUUAAAAAUGUGUAUGUGAUUCAAAUUAAACCAUUAGGUAUCAGAUAACAGCACAAUCAUUAAACCAUGGCAAUAAAAGAAAUAAUAAAUUGCUCCUGUCCAAAAAUUUGCACUUUCAACAUCAUGAACCUCAAGUGAUUGCCUAUCAUGCAAGGUAUUUAAUCUUUUCUCAAUCCUUUGGGAGAGCCUCCUAGAAACUGAAAUUUAGAUAAAUUUGCAACAAGGACUAAAGUGUUGUAUCUUAUGAUUCUUGAUGAAUGUAUUUUAUUUUUCUCUUUGUACACUGAGAGCAUAUAUACC